AUCCACAACUAUCAACAGCUCUCUCCUGCCUGUCCAGCCUGGGCAUCCUCAGCCUAUGAAAUCCAUCUGCCUCUCCAGUCCACCAACCCUAUAGGCCUAUUUGCCCCACACGAGGCCUCCAGAACACCCUCCUUCUGCAUGACUCAUCAGGGCACUUUGUGAAGAGUGAGGCGAUCUUGAGGGCAUGUUCAUCUUCAUCAAACAUGGAGAUAAUCAGCAGUUUCUGGUCAAUACCAACUGUGCUGUCGUCGUGUUGCUGUAUUACAUCUGCAGUAAAGUAAAGUUGCCUAAAACAAACACCAUCGAUUUGUGUGAACAAAUGGGGAAAAUGAAGAUGCUUUUCCUGAUGAAGCCCAACCAUGCAGAGUAUGCCAGCAAAUACCUUACAGCUCGAAGCACCUACUACGUUUGUAAGGUGGAGCGUGGGCCACCAGGAACCAGGCUGGAGAAUGCUUACACAGCUUUUGUGCCUCUUCUCAAGAAUCCGGAGCCUUGGCUGCUUGUUGCACUGCGCAUACAAUGUGAUGCCCUGGAGAGGAGACGAAUUCAAAUACUUAAAAUGAAAGAAGCCAAGAAGGUCGUUAUAACUGAACCCCCUGCAAGUGUUCCGUCCAAGCAAUCAGGACAAUCAGACAAAAAGAAGUCCACUCGCAAGUCUCCGACCUUUGGGAACAGACCAGACUUCAGGAAGAAUAAAGGUCGCCAACUCAAUAAAACCACCAAGCAAAAGAAGUAAUACUAGGUGUGAAAUUACUGGAAUUUAACGUGAGAUUUCUUUUUCUAGAAAGACUGCUUCUCCCAAUAUCUGCACUAAGGGUUGAGUAUGUACGCCCC